CCCUCUCCUCCACCACUUCCCACGAUGUCACAACCCUCCCCACGGCCUCGCCUCACGCCACAAUUCUGUUUCAACCAAACAGCAUUACGAGACUUUCUCCGCAUAUCUCGUGGCACCAUCGACGACUCGAUAACACAAAACCUAAAUGCGCUUUUGACACCGGCGCAGCGAGGCUUCGAUCCGUCCUCUACAUCGACCAGACAGCUCUCCACACCCGAUCACGGGCGCUCAUUACCACCACAACAAUGUCAAGAGUUCAAGGAGCGGCUGCUGUUCCCGAGUUGGAGCGUGCGAUCAGAUGUACUCGAUUACUGCUCUGGGGUAGCAACGAGCCCGGAUCCCGAUGACCCUGAUAGUGUAAUAAGGCAGAUUGAGGACUCGAAGGCGAGGGAGAGAGUGAUAGAUGAAAGGCUCGAUCCAUACUCUGGAAGAUACUUUCCGACCGAGGCGAGGACAGAGAGUUUGGCUAUGCUCAUGAGGAACGAGAGGGCCGUGGAGAAGAUUAUUAGGAUGAGGACGUGGAGUUUGCUUGGGGAGCGAUGUGGUAUAAGCAACGAGUCUUCGGAGAUCGCAUUUGACAGGUGGAGGACGACGCAGAAGCGAUGA